AUGGCAAAGUGUGACUUGUCAAAGCCUGAGGUGAACUUCUUGGGUCAUGUGAUCUCCGCCAGCGGCAUCAGCCCCGACCCAGGAAAGACUGAGGCUGUGAAAAAGAUGAAAGAGCCGUCAACGGAGCUCAUGGAACAACUGCAUUGGCUACAAAUAGAACGAGAGAAUCUCAAAUCUAAGCUGGAGGCAGAAAAGCAUGUGAUGCGAGCACAACUCCGUGACCUAAUGGAGAAGCAUCAGGUAGAGGUCCAGCGAAUGACCGAGCAGCAUCGGGCACAGGUGGACCAACUUCAGCAGGACCUAUUAGGACAGCUGGAAGAGCUCAGAAGAGCUUCAUUAACAGCACCAUCUGUCAACCAGCAGGCCACUGGAGGAGGAAACCUGCCCACAGAUUCAGUCUCCGUCCAGAUGAUCUCUAAACUGGAAGCUCAAGUUAAACAAAAAACAGAAGAAGCCAGUAGAUCUGAGGCAAAGUUCCUAAAAAUAAAAGCCUGGUCCAAAUCUCGAAUUAAGCAGCUGGAGGGGGAGCUGAAGAAAAGCCAGGCUGGAGCUGCUCCUCCAGACCUGACGGCGUUGAGAAGUCAAAUCACAGCACUGGAAGAGGAGAGGGCGGAAAACCUGUGGAAAGCUGAGCAGUAUGAGGAGUGGAAAGCAAAGAGUGAAGUGCUGGAGGCGAAGCUGGUGUUAUACGAGGAGCAACAGAGGACACUACAGGCAGAACUGGAACAGUUUACCAAGAGGGCAGCUUCUCAGGCUAGUGAAUCUGGCAGUGCUGAUGACGCUCAGUGCCUGGAGUGGCAGGAGAUGGUUGCUGAGGCAGUCAGUGCCAGGGAUCGGGCCAGAGAAGAAAAGGCUGUCAUGGCCCUCCGAAUCAGCCACAUGGAGGAGGAAAGAGAGGGACUGAUUGAGGAUGACUGGUUCUUUCCUGGCUGCUCUGAUCCAGCACUGGCCACUCGACAGCAGGAGUUGGAGGAGGAGCUGGCCCAAGAUCGGGGGCUUGGUCAACACAGGGCCAAGAAGUUGUCAAUACCGGCCCAGCGAAGCUUGCAGUGGACAUGCACCUAA